CAGGAUAUACCGGCAAUAUUAAACCACAGCACGGCUGCUGUUUUCACACGGCUGUGCCACCACCAGCAAGCGACAAUUUUUUUUUUAUUUUUGGUUAAAUCAUCCCCAUUUCGGCUGAAUUUUCAUUUCCCAAAAGAGAAGAAAAUUUUUUUUGAAAAUUCCUCAAUUUUCUCCCAAUCCAAAUUUUUCACACGACAGUAAUAAAACAAUAAUCCCAGUUCAUUAAAUUCCACACCCCCACCACCCGCAAGGAAAAGCAGAAAUUAAACCUUUUCUACCACCACCCAAUUCUCAAUUUAUUUUACUCUCUCCGCCGACGCCGCUCGAAUCCGCCGACGCCCCGACAGUACGCACGCGUGCAUGUACGUGACGCGCGUAUACCGAAAAUCGAGGAAGAGAAAAUUUCUGUCGGUGUUGUAUUUUUUUUUAUUCACCACCAAUCCCCCCCUUUCUCAUAUUCCACAUCAGUAUCAUACGGAAUUAAGUACGCAUCGUGUGGGCGGUUUUCGCAGCCCAACGUUUUUCGGUCUCGGACAUUCUUUCAAAAUUCAAACAAUUACGUGCUAAUGAACUUGUGACUUAUUAUUUCAUUUAUUAUUUGAAUGAAACCCAGUGGUGCAUUUUAAUUGUGGUAAUUGUGGAGUUGAGUAAUCAAAUUGUUCGUCAAUAACAAUUGGAAUAAGUAAUCACUGCCAAUCUGUGUUUAACCAACAGCUCGCCAAAAUAAUAAUAAAAAAAAAGCAAAUUGAUCGUCUGAAUAAUCCAGGAAAAUUCGGUGAAGUGCGAGAGUGAAGAGAAGGGGAGUGGGAAAAAGGGAGCGUUUUCACGCGGACUGAGGAGCCCCGAACCCCGGACCGGCUCGAAGGAAAGAUAGAAAACCUGGAGGAGGGGCGAAGAAGAGAGGGAGUGAGGAAACGCUAGGCAUUCUAGUAACAACUGUCGCCGGUUGCUAAACCCGCGUGAGGAGUGUAUUGCCCCAGUGGUGUUGUUGUACCCGUGACAAACCCAUCCCCCCCCUGUUAUUAUUAUUUUUUUUACCCGAAUUUGGUUUAUUAUAUUUAUUAUUAACCUAUUCAGAGAGUUUUUAUCCUAAUUUAAUAAAUUUAAAGAGAGACUUACCUUUCGGCUGUUUGCGUCAAAGAAGAGUCAAGUGUUAACGGUCGGAUAUUGGAGGAAGGAUUUAAAGUGUGUGCCAGUGUUUGAGUCUACCUCAGUCGUUGAGCAUUAUUGCUGAGCGAUAGAAAUAUUUGAGCUCCUUUAAUAUUUAUUAAGGAUAUUACGGUUUAAGGAAGAGAAAGAUUUAUAUAUAAAUAGUAUAUAUAGAAGGGAGGAGAUAUUAUUUAUCGUGGAGGAAGUGUGAAAGGCCAGUAAUUUUUGUUUAUCAAGUUGGUGGUGACUUUGGAGCAGUUUAAUUGAUUUUCACAGUUUUUUUGUGGGUGAUUGGAUUGAUAAAAUGUCGUUGGAUAAAUUCGCCGAGGGGGGCAUGCUCCAGAAGGAGAUGGAGCGACUGGAUAUUGAGGAGAAAAAUGGAGACGCUGCAAGCAGCGGCUCCGGUGGAAAGGUACUCGUCAGCAACCUGCCGGUCCACGCAAAAUUCGAGGACGUGGAGCUCCUGUUCUCGACGUAUGGACAGGUGCUAAACGUCGAGAAAGUAGCCUCAAGAGAUCCAAACAGCCAGACAGUACUUGUCAGCUAUGAAACGCAAGAGCUAGCACAGCAGGCUGUGAAUCAGUUGAAUGGCUACGAGUACGACGGUAAUCCGAUAAAAGUGGAAAUGUCGAGUGCAGAGAGUCGACGUAGGGCACGCAGUCAGCGUGCUGGAGUUGGUGCAUUUUCGGGUAUACCUGGCUCUGGACGCCAGACAGACUUUCCACUUCGCAUCCUCGUACAAUCAGACAUGGUCGGUGCUAUUAUUGGUCGUCAGGGAUCAACCAUACGUCAGAUAACCCAAAUGACACGUGCCAGAGUCGAUGUACAUCGCAAGGAUAACGUUGGAUCACUCGAGAAAGCUAUUACGAUCUACGGUAAUCCAGAGAACUGCACUAAUGCCUGUAAAAAAAUACUGGAGGUCAUGCAGCAGGAGGCUAAUAACACGAAUAAGGGGGAAAUCACAUUGAAAAUCCUCGCACACAACAAUCUCAUCGGUCGUAUAAUUGGCAAGGGUGGUAACACGAUCAAGAGAAUAAUGAUGGACACUGACUCGAAGAUCACCGUUAGCAGUAUAAAUGAUAUUAACAGCUUCAAUCUCGAACGUAUUAUCACUGUCAAGGGAACGAUCGAUAACAUGAGCAAAGCAGAGUCCAUGAUCUCCAGCAAACUUCGUCAGAGUUACGAGAAUGAUCUUCAGGCGAUGGCUCCACAAAGUAUGAUGUUCCCUGGUCUCCACCCAAUGGCAAUGAUGUCAACAGCAGGUAUGGGCUACAGUUCACGUGGACCCGGUCUCUACGGUUCAGGGCCAGCCCCCUAUCCCUACCAAGGCAGCCUACCAACGCAGCAAGGUGGUGUACCAGCAGCAGACACCCAAGAAACAACCUUCCUGUACAUUCCCAACAACAGUGUGGGGGCAAUAAUUGGUACCAAGGGUUCACACAUCAGGAAUAUCAUAAGAUUCUCUGGUGCUAGUGUUAAAAUUGCUCCACUCGAGCAGGAGAAGCCUGCCGAUCAGCAGACUGAGAGGAAAGUCACAAUCAUCGGCUCGCCGGAGUCUCAGUGGAAGGCUCAGUACCUGAUUUUCGAGAAGAUGAGAGAAGAGGGCUUCGUGGCAGGCACCGAAGACGUGAGACUGACGGUUGAGAUACUCGUACCGAGUGCUCAGGUUGGCCGUAUUAUUGGUAAAGGGGGUCAGAAUGUGAGGGAACUCCAGCGUGUCACUGGGAGCGUUAUCAAGCUCUCUGAGCAGCAGUCUACACCUCCACAAGCUGAUGAGGAAACUACCGUCCAUAUCAUAGGACCCUUCUUCUCUGUUCAGUCUGCACAGCGAAGAAUUCGAGCAAUGGUCCUCCAAUCAGGUGCCCCGGGCAGUACCACCGGUAUUCCUGGCUCACGCGCUGGACGCGGUGCAAGCCAAGAGGGUGGUCCGCGCACACGAAGAGACGGCAGCACAGCGUCCCAGCAGGGUGGUUCAGUGCCCCCCCAGUCUCAUCCACCCCAGCAGCAACAGCAGCAACAGCCGCAGCAGCAACACUCCCCACCACAGACUCAACAGAGCUCAUCGCCGCAGAGUCAACCCCAGCCCCAGCAACAGUAACGUUGUCGAUAAGAACGCAAAAACAAAACCAACAACAAAUUUUUUAAAAAACUCAACUUACAAAUGAUAGAGAAACAACACCUGAUGCCAAGCAACGCCUCAACAGCAGCUUUUUUUUUCGUUUUCGAUCGCUCGUGGUAGUUCCUUGGGUGAGGAACUGAUUAAAAAUGGGAAUUCCAUUCUGCUGGGGAUUGGCAAAUCUUUAUUUUCUUCGAGGGGAAGACGUUUUUUAAAAUUCUAGGGCUGCCUCAUGAUUGAAUACAGCCUCGGGUUUGAGAUCUUAUCACUUUCGGCGUAAUUAUUUGACAAAAAUGUAUUCUUCAUCUCAAGCCUUUCUGGCUCAAAGUUAACUUGAUCACCAGCUGAUCACAGUAUUGGUUUAACUCGAGUUGUGACUCUGGAAGUCUCCAAACUCUGAAAAGCAUCAUUAGAAUUUCCAAAAUUCGAGACCCUCGAGACCCAAAAGAGAACAUUUUGCCAGAAAUUCCCAUCAGUCUCGUCCCAUUUUUUCGUCUCUUCCUCUCGAAUUUUUUUUAUUAAUCAAUGAAUUGUGAGUUUGUAGUUUAAUAAGUGAAAACUCACAAGGUGAAUAUGAAUUGAAACAAACGCGAUUCCACCACGUUAAAAGCGUUGAUGAAAAAUGAGAAAAAAAGUAUUUAAAAAAAUGAAAAAAAAAGAUAAUGAAGAAACUACGGAAAACACACACAACCUUAUUACCUCAUUCAUUACGAUUAAAGAUUAAAAUAUGAAUAGAAGAAAAAAGGCAGAGUGAAAAUGAUGAAUUGAAUUAAAGAAAGAAUUAAUGAUUGAUAAUGAUGAAAAACCAAGUAAUCUAGAAGUCUACCUAAUAUUAAAGUUAUUGAUAAUAUACAGAGAAUUGAAGUUACGUAAAAACAUUUAACACAAUUACGUUAUAAUCCUGUUAAAUUGCUAUUCAUGAUACCGAUAUGAUUAUUAUUACACUAUUAUUAUUACAAUAAUUUUUUUCUUCUGAUUAAUAGAUGAAGGGGAUGCCUGUCAUGUUGACAACAUAUUUUUUUGAUGUUGGAAAAUGACAGGCCCUCGUUGCAUUUAUUUUCAACUUGUUUUCUUUCAUUUAAUUAUUUUCUCAUUCGAGUGGUGAGAGAAUAACAAAUAGACACUGAUGUGUGCAGUUUACUGGGUAAUUGAUGCACUGCAUUUGAACCGAUUAUGGAGACUUAAACAAAUAGAACGUAACAGCAGGUGAGGAUUUAUCUUGAAUUGUGAGGUCAAUGUGUCGAGACCCUUGGUACCAUAAUUACCAAAGAAACGAUUUUUUUUUUGUAUUUAAGAGAUACAAGAAAAAUUGGUUGACUCGAUGAGUGAGUCAUGUGUCAAGGGGCUUCGACUGGGAACUCGGGUUGAGGAUUAUCCGAAAGACAUUUUUCGUGGGACAGGUUUAUUAUUAUGGUACUUCAGGUGGAUUCUCUUUGAUGAGAUUUAUCAAACUGAUAAUUAUCGAUUGGUGUUGAGUUAAUUUGGGGAAGUGGUGAGGAGUUCAUUCAGGGGAAAUUGCUCCCUCAAUGAGGAAUUUUAGGGGUGAGUCAUUUGUUUAUUCAUGGAAUGUUCUAUUUACAAAAAUGGACAUUUCGAAUUGGAUAAUUUAUAUAAUUCGAUUUUAUCUCGAUAACAAGCCGUUCUAGGGCUAAAUGUCACAUAACAUUUUUUGUAGACAAUUUCAUGAUUCACAAAAAAGGUUUUAUGUCAUUUUUUGCUAGAACCACUGGUUUCUGAGAUAAAUGGAAAAUUAGCAAAGAACAAAAUGUCAAUUUGGAAUUACUAUAUUUCCCCACUCCACCACCAACCCAAUUAAUUCACGCAAGAAAAAUCUUGAUACGAGGCAUAGAAAAACGUUUUCUAAGAAAAAAAACACACCUUCAGGGAUUUUUACUUUUACCAAGGAUGUAAAGUGUGAGUGUGCGUGUGUUGACUGAUAAAAAUAUUAUUAAGUUUCUUUUUCGAGUAGUCGAAAUAUUUUUGGGGCGUAAGGCGAAACCGGGGAAUUGUGUUUUGGGGAGGGAAAAUGAUAAAUAAUCGAAAUACUUGUUGUAACAAUGAGACAGACAACCUGAGAAUUAACCAUCACUUGAUUCUCCGGCCAAUUGCUGAGAUUUUUCAGAAUAUACUUUUCUUAUUUUGAAAGAUCGAAUAUCGGACUGACAAUUAUUCGCACUCUGCAGCCCCAAUUUAGUCCAAUGAAUUCCCAUUACAUUGGACAGGGCAGAGUGUCAUCAUACUGAAUUAAAAUCAAUCAA